GCGACACAGGCGAGAAAGAGUGGAGAGACAUGACGGUGGAGACCAGAGUUAGCGACAUGAGGGGAGCUGCCACAACAAGCAGCAGCAGACAGGAGGCCUCUGGGGGACUGUGGGACUCUGUGAAGAAAGCUGCGUUUGUCAUCGGGUCUGGAAUCUUGUUCUUGGCUGCGUUCGGCAACUCGCUGACAUGGCAUCUUCAGAGGUUCUGGGGAGCUUCAGGAGAUUUCUGGCAGAACCAGUGGAACAAACUGCACUUAGCGUUUGAGGGCCAUGACACUGCUUUGUUCUACUUGGGGACCAUGUUGAUCCCCACCCUGACGUUCUGGCUGGUGAAUGCUCUGCUGCUGUUCGUGGACACCACCGGUAAACCCUCCUUCAUCACUCGCUACCGCAUCCAGGUGGACAAGAACAGCCCGGUGGAUCCAGUUAAGCUUCGCCAUGCGCUGAAGGUUGUCAUCUUCAACCAUUUGUUCAUCUCUGGGCCCAUGGUGGUGGCGGCUUACUACCUGAUGAGCAUGAGAGGGAACCCCUGUGGCCCCGAGCUGCCCACCUUCCACUGGGCCCUGACCGAGCUGGCUGUCUUCGCCUUCGUGGAGGAAGUUAUGUUUUACUAUUCCCACAGGCUGUUCCACCACCCCAGCCUCUACAAGCAUGUCCACAAACAGCACCACGAGUGGACCGCUCCCAUCGGUGUCGUCUCCAUCUACGCUCAUCCUCUGGAGCACAUGCUCUCCAACAUGCUGCCGGUGGCCAUCGGGCCGGUGAUCCUGGGCUCCCACCUGACCACCACCUCCCUGUGGUACUGCCUGGCUCUGUUCAGCACCACCAUCUCCCACUGUGGAUACCACCUCCCCUUCCUGCCCUCCCCCGAGUUCCACGACUUCCACCACCUCAGGUUCAACCAGUGUUUCGGGGUCUUCGGCGUGCUGGAUCGGCUCCACGGCACAGACGCCAAAUUCAGGCAGACCAAGCAGUAUGAGCGCCACACCCUGCUCACCAGCCUCACCCCUCUGACCGAGAGCAUCCCUGACACACCCAAGAAGGGCCAGUGACGACCUGUGACCUUUGACCUCAGGCUCGCCAAGUUUGGGGUCGCAAUCGAUCUUAAACGACUAAUACACUUUGAUUUCUUUUUAAUGCAGAAAACCUGCUGAUCAGUUUCAGACUCGUCCCCCCACACUCUCUGGUAACCAACUUUGUAGAAAUGUUGUUGUUGCACUUUAUCAGACAUGCAGACUUCAAGCUGUUUUUUAGGCGCGACCUCUGCGCUCACUCUGGAUGUGGACUCGCCUGCUUCUGUGAUUAUUUUUAACCCGUUUCCUCCUGUGGUUUCAUCUUCCUGCGACCUGGGAAGGAUGUUAUUGUAGCUCUUAAUUUGGAUGAUGGAUGCUAACGUAGUGGAGCAGUCAGUGGUUCAGGGUUAUUUUGUGUAAAUGCAACCAAGGUAUCCACAUUAAAAACAGAAAUACUGAAGCUCAUUUACGAGCUACGGAGUCAAAUUUAUGAGACGUUGGAUCAAAAGUUUGACUAGCUGUGAGUAUUUCUUUAAAUGUUUUUAAUAGAUUUUGGGCUUUCACAAACGCUUGCAUUGUUUUGCCUUCAUAAUGUCCAGAUUUUAUUUAAAAUUUGAAGCAAAUCAAAGUAGCUCGUUAUCGGACGGAUCCCUGUGACGGUAGAUGUGAAGAAUUUGGCGAUGAGUUAAAACAAAUGAUGAGACUUUACUGCACUCUGCCAUGACAAUGAGGUGAAGGAGCCAUAUUCAGCCCUCGACCCAUAGUACUGCUGUUUACUGGCAGUAAUCCAGAUUAUAUUUUCACUUGUAUCGACCACCACAAAACCUUGAGAGGAAACUGGAUGUGAUUGAUGCUGCAUUCAGAUUCCAACAAUCAAGAGAGCAGAUAAUUUCCAAAUCAUUUCAGUAUGAAGAGAUUCUGCUGCCGUGUAUCUUAAAUUUCAUGUCGGUGAUGUUGAUCAUCUCCCAGUUCAAAUAAAUUUGUUUAAAAUGAAUGUUUUGAAUGAAUGACACCAAUCUUAUCUUUAAUGUCAGUGGAGUCUAUUUAAUCUCGAGUUAUUUUUAUUCUUACAGACACAUUUUGUAUUGUAAGUAGUUUUCGGUAACAGCACUUCAAGCUCACCAGUCCAGACUCUUCUGCUGCGUUCACUUGCUGCUCGGACAGAAGAUACAUUUGCACUUUGGUGGCGCUCAGACACGUGCUUGAAUGUUAAAUGUAUGUAUUGCAGGAGGCCUCAGUAAUGGUUGUAUAAUAAGAAAUGAAUGUCGAGAGAGAGAUCUCCUACUGUGAUUGAUACCAUGUUAAUGUUUCGACUGGACUGUUUAAUAUUAAAACAUUUUAA